CGCCGGCGAAUCCCAUUCCCAUUCCUUUCCUUCUUCUUCUCCUUCCUUCCCCGCGCGCGCUCCUCUGCUCUCCUCUCCUCUGCUCGUGCGCUAGCGUUCACCGGGAUCAGGCAAACGGCCACGCGCGAGAGCUCGCCAUGGAGCAGGCCGGAGGCAAGGGCGGCCACGACUCGCGGCUGAUGCGCGACCUCUGCACGCUGCUCGUCACCAUCAUCGCCCCCGUCGCGGCGGCGUCCUCGACGGACACGGACACGCCACGGAGGCCGCGCGGCGGCAUGUCCCCGGCCGGCGCGGCGUCGAUGCUGCUGGGCGCGUCGAUGGCGCUGAUGCUGUGCGGGUCCGUGACGUUCGCCAUCGGCUUCCUCCUCAUGCCGUGGGUCGCCGGCGUCGCGCUGCUCUUCGGCUUCGCGGGCGUCAUCUCCACCCUCUCCUCCGGCCUCCUCCCCUCCUCCUCGCCGGCCUCCUGCAAGGACAAGGAGCAACGGUUGCUGAUGCCGGCGCAGGGGCGGCUCCGUGGCUCUGCCCCUCCGAUGAGCUCUGUCCCGGAUAAGCUCGUGGCGUGGCGUUGAUCUGUUGUUGAAAUCCUGUUAAUUAAUUAACUAGGGCGGGAUUAGAAUGGAUACUGAUUCAGGUGUAAAAAAAGGCUUCCCUUUAGCUGUUGCUGUACUACGUUUCGAGUCGCAAGAGAUGCUCAUGAUUUACUACCGGCA